AUGGUUCAAUUUAUCGAUGACGAGCAGCUGGUCCGGGACGUUGAAUCCCGCAUCCCGUCGCUUCCGAUUGCCUACUGGAGCAAGCACAAGAAUGCCGUCCAGAAGAAGGCUGCCUGUGCCAAGUAUCCGUCGAUCUUCGAGCUGGAGUUCAACAACAUCUACUGGCAAACGCUGCGGAGUUCCAACGGCACGUUCCAGCUGUUCGGGGCGUACUACGACAUCCGGAAACGAAGUCGCAUUGGACCGGCGGUUCGUAUUCUGGGGAUGAUCGACCGGAUCGAACCCAAGGUGAAGACCUUCUGUCAGCUGUGGUUCGACGGACAGAAGGAGCCGUUCAUCGUGAAGACGUUCGAGUACAAAUACAUCUGGUUCAACAAGUGGGGCAACUACAAGCAGGGCAUCUACCAGCCGUAUUUGAUAGCCUGCCAGAUUCCUAAGCCGUUCAGGGGAUUGGUCCCGGCGUCCGUAUCGCUGGUGGAGAAGCAGUGCGACACGGCAACCAACAAUUUGAGGGUGCUAUACAACCGGCCACUGGACGACAAGAAAAAGGGCUUUGCAGUCUGUGUGAAGGGCCUGGACUUCCUGUACGAUGACCUGUCGGUGCGACUGGUGGAGUGGAUCGAACUCCUAGGUAUCCUAGGUGCGGACAAGAUCUUCUUCUACGAGCUGCAGGUCCACCCGAACAUAUCCAAGGUUCUGCGGUACUACGAAGAGCAGGAUCGAGUUCACGUGACUCCGCUGACUCUUCCCGGAGGUCAACCGAACGUCCCAGGAUUCCAGCACCUCUUCCUGUCGAAGAAGACCACUCACAAGCGGCAGAACGAGCUGAUCCCGUACAACGACUGCCUGUACAAAAACAUGUACAAGUACGACUUCAUAGCUUUGCUGGACAUUGACGAAGUCAUCAUGCCCAAGUUGGACGAAGACCGCACCUGGAAUGACCUCAUGGAGCGGGUCGUCGAAAAGGGCAUGAAGCUCAAGAACGACACCUACCCGAGUUACAACGUGCGGAACGUGUACUUCUUCGACCAGGACCAGCACGAGCACGACUGGAACAAGGACGUGCCCAAGUACAUGCACAUGCUGCAGCACGUCCAGCGGGCCAAGAACUACACCAAACCGAACCAGUACGUCAAGUGCUUCCACAACCCGGAGCGGGUCCUAACCCUGCACAAUCACUUCCCGAUCGCGUGCCUCGGCGGAGCGUGCCAUUCGUUCCCCAUCAGCACGGACGAUGCCCAGCUGCAGCACUACCGGGCCGAUUGCGUCCGGACGCUCAAGAAGAGCUGCGAGGAGUUCAAGGAGAACCAGGUCCGGGACACCACGAUCUGGAAGUACAAGGACGAACUGGUGCAGCGGACGCGCCGCACCCUGGACACGCUCGGCUUUUUCCGGCCGUCGUCGGCGGUCGGCGGCAUGGGGCGUGGCCGCGAUUCGCUCUACAAGCGGUGAUUGUUGCAGAAGCUUCGGCACAUGUUUAAUCUCUAGUUACGUUUGUUCAUUUAUUCGAUUGACCAACGACGGCGGCGGCCGGUCGGCGGCGGUGGCGGCGGGUCAUCGAACAACACUUCCGAACGGGGGUGUUGCGAUCUGCGACGGUAAGGAGCCGAGACGAGCCGAACCGAACGCGACCCGAAGGUCUUCGGCUGGAGCCGAUUUGCUUCGGCCGAAGGCGAAACAUUCGUCCGGUUGAUUGGAUCCAAGCCGAAUGAAUGAACGAUCGAUUUAUUUUUGAUUCUUGAAAUUUAGGGCAAGUUUAGGAAGAAACGUGUUAUAGCAGUCCCGACCCCGCCGGGGCGACUUAGUGAGUAUUGUUUUCUUCUUUAACCGGAAAAAAGAAAUUGUAGGCAUCAGUUAGACGGAAAAUUUAGACAGUCAACAGAGAAGUAAUUUAUGUACGUACGUACGCAUGUGGUAGCGAUUUCCUCAUCCUGAUGUGUCCUACUUGAAUACGUGUGCUAGGAGACAGGAGGAAAUCAUCCUAAACGUAGGAUUCUAGGUUUAAGCGUUCAAGCUUCGUUAAGGUGUAGGAAGAAAGUCAUUGCAUUAAAUAGACGAGUGUAUUUAUCAAUCAAUUAUUAUGAUUAAUGGAAACGAUGUGUGCCUUUUCGUUAGAUUCUACUACUAUUAGCACUACCAAUCAACGUUUUAUUAUCGCGUAAUAAUCUACCUGCAUACUCCUGAAGGGGUGCGGUUCUGUUGGAAUUUCUAUUGGUUUGGUUUACUGUGGGAAUACUUAACCCUGAUGCGUAUGGAUUUAUGCACCGUUGUACAAAAUUCACUCGGUCUGAGAGUUUUGACACUAGACCGGGGCUGUUCCCAAUCACAAUUGAAAGAUUCUAAUUGGAAAUGACCCUGCUCUAGUGUACAUAUUCUCAGACCGAGUGAAUCGAUGGAUAAGUACAUUAUAGAGUAUUGGUUCCCUUAUUAAGCAUGUGGCUCCCAUUUUCAUCCUACGAAAAACAAAGGAUUGAAGCACUGUUUGUUUUGUUUCUUAUUUUUGUGUUUUUUGUUAGAAGUGAGCACGCAUGAAAACAAAAAGAACGGAAUCAAUCGGUGCCGUAAUCGCUUGUUUUCGAAUAGGAUGAAAUUGGGAGCAUGAGAUUACUGAUGGCACACAAACCCUAAGUCCAUCCUUGAACAAGUAAUGCACUCGGUCAUUUGACAUUAGAUGCGGAUUCAUUUCCAAUUAGAAUCUUCCAAUUCUGAUUGGACACGGCCACGCUCAAGUCAAAAAAUUCUCGGACCGUGUGAAUUCGGGUCAUUAAUGGAACAGUCCAUAGACGAGUGCACCGAUGAACUGAAUUCAUCGCGGUCCGAGAGUUUUGACACUAGAGCGGGGCCAUUACCAAUCGGAAUUGUUCAGUUCUGAUUGGAAAUCGUUCAAUUCUGAUUAGGAACGGCCCUGCUCUAGUGUCAAAAUUCUUGGACCGCGAUGAAUUCGGUUCAUUGGUGGAUAAGUCCAUAGGAAGCAUGAGCUGCAUGAAUAUAGAUCAACCACAAAAAGGAGCAAGAAAAAGGAUGAACCAACUGUCAAACAAAAGUAAAUUUUCCCUGGAAAAUCUCCUUUUCUCAAUGGUAGCUUCAUCCAUAUUCAUCCAGCUCCUUCAGCCUAUUGAGAAAAGUAGAUUUUCCAUGUAUAAUCUACUUUUGCUUGAGAGAUGGAUCACCUUCACUCAAGAUAGGUGAACCAUUUCUUGUGGUUCAUGAACCUGUGUAUGAGUUCACUAAUUUGACGUUUGAGCGGUACCUACCGUGGUUACAUAAAAUAAAUACGUUCCCCUCAAGGCUGAAACGGUAAACGCAAGUGUAUUCAGCAAUAUCACAGCCAAACAGACGUAACUCUUAGGAGAAAUUCAUCAAAGACCUGUGCCCGUUGUCUUUUUCAUGAGCACAAUGCCACCGGUAGAACCGCGCGAGACACUGUCGGCCAUGAUGGAUUUCGAUUUGACGUUUGUCUUACACGCACACUACUACACAAAUCGCCUAUAAGUUUCAUUUGCAUCAUUCAGCAACGUGUACACUGGUAAACGUCAAAGCGAUCGAACACUAGCGCCUCUGGUGGAAGGAUCGCGGAAAUCAAAUGAAAUUUGAAUUGAUCAUUAAAUGUAUGUACCAAGCCAUUUUGAAGGGUGUUACGUCUGUAUGGCUGUGGCAAUACCAUGCUGAGAGUUCAAUUGACAGUUGGGCCAAGCACUUUUGUUAGUUGGGACGCUACGCCAAUAAGAAGGGUCAGAAGAAUUUGCUUCCAUGCAUACGUAGACGCAGCUCCACUCAAACUUUAAAAUAGUAAACACAUGCACAGGUUCAGUCAAUGGCAUGAAUUUUCUUGUAGUUUGUAAUACUCUUGUGGAGCAUCACCAUCUUAAAAGUCGUGAUAUCUACAUUUCCCUCCUGCAUAGGCUUGACGGAGAGCUACAGCCAACCGUUUCUAUGUUGCAAACAAACAUAUUUGCAACGAACGCUUCGAUAUGAUGGGAAAUUCUACAACGCUCUUUCUUUGAAAAUCUCCUGAGCAACCCAACACAUGUUUCGACGCAUCCAAUUGGACUCGGAUAAGGGUCAAUUGGUUCAGUACUAUACUUCAUUGCACAAAGACAAAUGUUGACAGAUCUGAGGGCAUUUUGACAAAUGAUGCAUGACCGCUAAAAGGCUCAUGCAUCGAAAAUUCGAGCAGUUUGCGCUCCCUGUUUCAUCGUGUGUAGAUAUCAAAAAGAAGAGACAACUGGUAUUGUUGGAUGUUGUUUACUGCCUUGAUCGAGCAUUAGCUUGAGUUGCUUUGGAGAGGUGCGAUUCUGUUUUGAUGGACGGUGUUUGUCAUUUGACGUGAGAGUCAAAGUGAGUGUCGUUAGGCAUCAACCAUCCUGAAAUUGCACGUCUCUAUUUUUUUUAUUUAUCUUCAGAGGUGUGUUCGAUGUUAACCGUGUAUCGUAGAUUUCAAUAUGUUGUUUUGAGAGAACAUGGUCAUAAUACAGGGAUUGUGCUCACUUAAAGUGCAAAUUUAUGCAAGAAAACGAAGAAAAUCCCACUCACCAAAAUCAGCUGAUUUUAAACGUCUUCUGAUAAGGCCUAUUUCCAGGCAACCAUGGAAACGAGUUCAUUUUUUUUUCUAAACACUGCACCGUCAAACAUCGAAUUAUUAUUGUGCAUUAAGUUUAACAUUGGACUGUCGCAGAAGUGUACAUAAGUGUGAAAACGCAAAUAUAAAUGCGCCAUUACAUCAAAUCAACUCUUCAGCGCACUUAUUCAAUAUAGAUCGAAGAAAUAUUGCACUAAAGACACCAACUCGAUUUGUUGCAAUCGCGCACUUUUAAGAAGGCUUUGGCGCUUAUGAAAACCAAGUCCAAUGUACUUGGUAAUGCGCAAUAAAUGCGUACUGGACUGACGAAACUGGACGAAUGCCGCCAAGAAAAAGUAGCUUUACUUAUUCAUGCCAGUUGGUUCUCGCCUGUGGACCUGUGUAUGAGUCCACACUCAGAAAAUGAGCUCGUUUCCAUGACCACCUAGAUAACACGGAAUCACCCAAAAGUCAAACGAAUGAAUACGGCUGUCAGUCCAUGGUUCGAUGUUUUUGAGCAUUCGUUUGUUUUUUUUUUUUUUGAGCGGCACCGUGUUAUGAAGGAAACCAUGGAAACGAGUUCAUUUUCCGUAAACACGGCAUCGCUUGAACGUCAACUCAAUGAAUCCGUGUACUAGUUCGUAGCAUAUGCCAGGGGAAAUGGUUCAUCUAGGAAGAUCCAACCCCCUUUUUGCAUUGAAGCAUUGAAGCUUACGGGAGAAAAGUAGGAUUUGACGUUUGGAGCUCCCCUGUGAGUUAUCUCGUUGUUUCUGUGUAUCCAGAGAGGUGUGUGCGCCGUGAACGCACAUUUCCCAGUCACCCAGAGACCCAAAGGAUAAAAUUCAUCACGCUUCCUUAUAAAUAGGACAGUUUAAGUGUUUUACUUUGGAUGACCCAAACGUCAAUUCUACUUUUUCUUUGCCAUGAAACUUAUGAAAAAGCAAGUAGAUUUGACACCUAUACAUCUGUCUUGUAAUGUAUAAUGGCACAUAACCUCCAAAAUGGAUGAGUGCACCGUGAGUGUCGAGUUUACUCACUUCAAGAUUGUCAACACCACAGCGGGGCCCACUCAUCAAUUUAUACUCAACGUUGGAUGAUUGUGAACUGCGUUUUUUUCUUAUCUGUAUCAACAAUAUUUUUAGCCCAGGAUAGUUCAUCUCGGAGAGCCACGUUUUAGGCGUUUUCAGGGGUUUUCUAGGGUCUCAGGUGCGUUACAUGGGGUCCCAGGGGUUUAAGGGAGAUUUAGAAGGCGUUUCAGGAAACUUCAGAGGAUUUUUGGCGAAUCUCAGAGGCGUUACGUAGGCUUUUCGGUGGUUUCUGAGGGUCUCAGGAGCGUUACAUGGGGUCCGAGAGGGUUUAUGGGGGAUUUUGAAGACCUUUCAGAAAGCUUCCGAAGAUUUUUAACAAAUUUCAGAGGCGUUACGUAGGUGUUUUCAUGGGGUUUCGUGGGGUUUUCAGUUAGCCUAGUGGUUAAGGCUAUGGACUGCCAAUCCGAAGACGGCGGGUUCGAUUCCCGUUCCAGUCGGGAAAAUUUUCUCGACUCCCUGGGCAUAGUGUAUCAUUGUACUUGCCUCACAAUAUACAAAUUCAUGCAAAGACAGGCAAAAAAAGCCCUUCAAUUAAUAACUGUGGAAGUGAUCAAAGAACACUGAGUUGAAGCGAGGCAGGCCUAGUCCCAGUUGGGACGUAGAUCCAUAAAGAGGAAGAAAAAGAACGUAGGUGUUUUCGGGGUUUUCUGAGGGUCUGAAUUGCGUUACAUGGGAUACGUGAAAAUGUUUACGUUUUGAAAAAAAAAAUUGAAGAUAAUGUAGUGAUCCGAUUAGCACAUUUUUUUUCUUUAUUUAUUCAAUUUUUUUUUUCUAUAUUUAUUCAAAUGAGGUUGAUCUAAUAAUCUAAUCUAAUCUAAUCUAAUACAUACGCAGCCAGUACAAGAAAGCAUCCUGGAAAAUAAUCAGGUUAGAUUACGCCCGAUUAUUUUUCUUGUCAAUAUUGAAGCUUGUGGCAUAUUGAGAAUAUGACACAAGCGUCAAAGCGGCCAGGCCUACUGCGCAGUAUUUACCGCAAAGAUGAUUCUUGGAAUUGCCUCGACUUCUACAUUUUAUUACAUUUUGUGUCGAAACAAUUCUAGAAUCUACAGGAGUGGAAGGAUGCGUGGACAUACCGUACCAAACGCUCCAUAAUUUACGAUAUUGAAUAUGGUUGAAAUAUAAUCAUUAUAGCAAAGGUUAUUAAGAUUCAAAAUAAUAUAAUAUAUGUUGGAAAGAUCCUAUAUUUAUACAAAUGAGGUUGAGUACACAAACUGUAGACACUCGCCAUGCAUUUCUUUGGAAAUUUGUCGAAGAACUCCUCCAGAGGUUCUUUCAGGAAUUCCUCCAGGAAUGUUCUUUGGGAUUACUUCAGGAGUGCCUCAAGAAAUUUCUCAAAAGACAUUCAUUAGGCAAGACACGACACUUGCGGUCCAUACAGUCCUCUCAAAAGAUUCCACCUGGAACUAGUCCAUGGUUUUUAGAAUGUUUUGCAGGUAUUCUUCCUAGAAUUCUUUCAAGUAUUUCCAAGAAGUUCCUUCAAAGAUUGCAUCAGUGUAUCAUUGUGCUUGCCUCACAAGGUACAAAAUUCAUGCAAUGGCAGGCAAAGAAAGCCCUCCAACUAAUAACUGUGGAAUUGCUCAAAGAACACUAAGUUGGAGAGAGGCAGGCCAAGUUCCAGUGAGAAUGUAGAGCCAUACAGAAGAAGAAGAAAAAGAAGAAGAAGUACAUUCCAUUUGAAGGAAUUCUUUCAGAGAUUUUUGUAGAUGUCCUACUUCCAGUUUGCUUAUGGGUUUCUCCAGUACUUCCAGUGAUUUCUCGAGAAAUUCUUGUUGGAGUUGCUCUAGUCUAGGAGUUUCCUAAGGAAUUCCUCCAGGCAUUCAUCCUAGGAUUUCUUGAAAAAAUGGCGUUCGGGUUGAAAUUUCAUUACAGAUUUUUGCAGGAUAACAUCUAGAACUGUUAGCAAAACUUUUCGCGGAUAUUUCUGCAGGAGUUCGUUCGUAGAUUUCUUCAAAGAUUCUUGUAAGAAUUCCUCUAUGGAAGCCUCCAGCUUUUUGUUCAGGAAUUCUUUCAGAAAGUAUUGUUGGCACUCAUCCAGAUGAUUUUGCAGGUAUACUCUUCAUAUACUCUCCUGGGAUACCAUCAAAGACUUCACUAGAGAUUUUUUAAAGCUUCUCUUCUAAAAUUCCUUCACAAAUAAUUCUUUGGCAUUUCUCCAGAAAUUCCUUUAGAAAAUUCUCAAGAGAUUUUCUAAAAGUUCCUCCAGUCACUCCUCCAAGGACUGUUUCGUAAUUUCAUUUUAGAAUUUAUCCAGACCCUUCUUCGUGUUUUUUUCUUAAGAAAUUAUUGUUUUAUUUCUUCAGAAGUUCCUUCAGGUAUUACUCGAUUUAUUCAGGGAUUUCUCGGGCGUUUAUUUGGAAAUUCCUCAAGAAAGUUUUCGACCGAUUUUUCUGGAAGUUCCUCCAGGAGUUUCUCUACAAGUUUCUUUAGUUAUUCCUCCAGGCAUUGCUUUGAAAUUAUGCAGACCUUCAGGGAUUUUUUUUACAGAUUUUUGAGAUUUCAAAGAUUAUUUCAACAACUCCUGCAGAAAAUACUAAAGUUUUAAGGUUGUUUCAAAAAAAGUAUCUAGAAAUACCUGCAGAGGAUUCUCCAGUUCUUCGAGGUAUUAUUUCAAAGUUUUCUUCAAAAAUCCUUUUUUUUUAAUUUUUUUCAGUGGUUCUCUAAAAAUUUCUAAGAUUUUUCAGUAUUUUUUUGUGAGAUUUCUGGAGAAACUUCGGAAAAACCCCUAGCGAAAUAACUGAACAAAUUCUGCAGGGAUCUCUACAGACAUCCCAUGAGAUAUUUCGGAUGGAGCCGUAAGAGCAAUUAGAAAAAUUUCCUUGAAGAAAUUUCAGCAGAAAUCACUGAAAGAAUUUCUCAAACAAUUCUUGGAGAAAGCUUGAGAAGCAUUUUCCGAAGCAAACCCUGCAGGAUUUGUAGAGACAUUUUAAAGCGAGUUUCUAAACAACUCCAUGGAUGAACCUCUGAAGAAAUUCCUUGCUAAAAAUCCUAUAGCAUAUCUGAUAAAGUUUCGGAAAUGAAAAUAUCGCCUCAAAGGAGCUUUAGAAGGAAUCCAGUAAUUUCCGAGUAAAACCCUGAAGGAUAUCUGAAGAAAUCUUCUUCCCUGUAGAAAUUCUAGAGUAUACUUUUGAAUAAAUCUCUGGAGGAAUAUCCUGAGAAAUCCGAGAAAAAUUCUUGAAAGAAUCCCAGGAGGAAUUUCUUGAGAACUUCAUGGAUAAAUACCUGGAGAAAUUUCUCGGCAAACCCUUGGUGGACUUCUUAGAAAAAAAAGAAAGAAUUAGAAAUUCACAGGAAAAUUCCUGGGGAAAUCCUUUAAUUGAAUUCUUGAAGGACUUUCUGAAAACAAAAUCGGAAUACCAAGAUAAGCGCUUGCAUACUCUAGAGAUAUUUCCAAAGAAAUUUUCGUAGAAAUUCCUAGAAUAAGUUUUAUUGAAUAAACAUCUAAAGAGUCCAUGUGGAAUUAUCCUUAAAGAAAAUGCCAGAUACAUAUCUGGGGCAAUAUCCGGAGGAAAUGCUAAAGGAAUCUCUGUGUGGACCAAUGCUGAAAUCUCUUGAGGAAUUCCUGUAUGGUUUUCUGCAGAAAUUUCUGGAAUUUAUAAUGAAAUUGAGAAAUUUCUGAAUAAAUCCUUUGUGGACUUCCUGAAGAAGUAUCUGAAUAAAUUUUUGAAGGAAUAUUUGUAAAAUUUUCGAAGGAAACCACUCAGAGAAUUUAUUAAAAAAUCUGUGGAAAAAAAUCUAUAGAAAUCCCUGUAGAAAAUUCUAAGCCUCUGAAGGAUUUUCUAAAUUAUGCCCAGAAGCAUUUCUGAAGUAAUUCCUGGUGGAGUUUCAGAAGGAAAAAAUACUUUUUGGAGAAAUUAAUGAGAAAAUGACUGAAGGAAUUCCGUUAGAAAUAUCUUAAAGAAUCUGUGGAAGAAUUUCAGAAAAAAUCGCCAAAGGAUAUACUGUAAGAGAUCUUGGUAGAUUUUAAGGCCGAAUUCUUGAAGUAAUGUCUGAAGGAAUCCUUGGAUAACUUCUGGAAGAAACCCAUGGAAGAUUUACUUGGCUGGAAAUCAUUAAACAAAGUUAUUGGGGAAUCUCAUAAUAAUUUUUUGAAGGAAUCUUCAGGAAAAUUUCUAAAAAAAGUCCAUGAAAGAAUUUCUGUAGGAACCUCUGUAAAAUUUUCUGAAGGAAUCAGUGGAAGCUCUUCACCAGGAAUCCUUGGAUAAAUUUCUGGAAGAAUCUUUGAUUUUCUCACAGAAUCGCUGGAAGCAUUCCUGAGAGAAUCCUUGGAUGAUUUCCUGGAAGAUUUUUCGUACGCAUUCCUGAACAAAUCUUUGGAGGACAUGUUGAAGGAAACUCAUUGAAGCUUUUCUAGGACAAUGUUUGGAAAAACUUCUGAAGGAUCCUCUAACGAAAAUUUCGAAGGAAGUUCUAGCGGAAAUCUAAUGAAUUUUGGAAAGAAACCUGUGGAAGACUUUUGGAAUAGAAUUCCUGGGGAUUCAAAGGCGUCCAUGGAGCAAUUUCGGAAGGAAUCCAGCAAAAAUUUUAUAAAAACAAGUUCUUAAAUUAACUUCUGGAGUUAUUGGGGAAAACUUUGAAGAAAGUUUUAAAAGAAACUGAUAGUUUUCUAAAUGCAUCAAUGGAAGAAUUCCUAAAGGCAUUCAUGAUAGAUUUUUUAAAUCCUUCCUGGAGGGCCCAUUGGAGAAAUUUCUAAAGAAACACCUUGUGGAUUUUUAGAUGAAUUUCUGAAAAUAUCUACGAGAAACUAAAGAAAAGUUGCGUUUUUUUUCCUUACAGGAUUGGGUAUGGAAGCGCAAACAAAAAAUUAAGUAUCAGGGAGGAAGUUUUUCUUUUGAGGGCGCUCGAUUUAAAAAAUCAAACAGGUGAUAUUCCUAUAAAUGAAAUGUGAAAGAAAAACUCCGGAUUUCCCAUUCCCUAAGAAGAACUUUUUUUACUACUUGGAAUAUUCGCGAAGGAAAUUUGUUGUAAUUUUCUUAAAUUAGUGAAUGCGCAUACAUAUGAAAAACCACAUAGGAGCUUUCCUUAUAUUUAGGGAACCGGAAGGAAAAUAUUCAAUGUUACAGUAAUUGUUGCAUAUAUGAGGGCGCAAAAACUUGGAAAUGACUAUAAUUACGUACAAUCCAAUCCAAUCAUAAAUGACACUUUUAUACGUCUAUAUGAAAUUAGAACACACUCAAUUUUGCUGAAAUAGGCUCAUUUUGGGAGUAAAUUCUUAUGUUUUUACCGUCAGAGCUGGUUACUCAAUGAGUAACUUGAAAUAAUCACGAUAACACCACUGAUUCAAAUGAACGCGAUCAUGCUUUAUUUGUCACGGUCGCCACGUAAUUCAGAGAAAGUAAUCGUUCAAUUGAAACUGUUCUUUUAUGUAGUGAUAAAUAUUGUUAAUGGAUCUUUUGAUUGAUUCUAAGGUUUUUACUAUUAAAAUUCUGCGAAAUUAUGUGAUAAUGCAUAUUUGUCACGGUCGCCAUGUGACUCAAAGAAAAACAAAUCGUUCAAGUGAUAUUGCUCUUUUAUGUAGUGACAUUUUUUUGUCAAAACAAACUUAUUCCAAAAUUAUUUUGAUUAUUUCUAGAAAUUCAAAGAGUUCUUAGAAAUAUGUAACAAACCUGAUAAAAAUAUUUUUAAGGUGAUUUUUUUUUGCAGAAAUAGCAUCUUGGAAAUCGACGUAUUCAACUUGGAUUAAAAUAUGUCUAAAAGGAUAUAAACCGGUUGUUGUUCAGCUUUGUGAUAACGAGACUUAUCACGAUCGCCAUGUUGCUUAUCAAAACAUGUCAAGAAAAACGUGUUUUCUGCAUUUAUGUUGCAAAAGAAAUUCUAAACAUUUGCUGGAAAUGCUUAUGUUUUAAAUUAGAAUAUGUCGACAAGGGUUAGUAGAAGUGAUCUAAAUUAAAAGUUUCCAUGCAAUUCACUUAGUCUAAUGGUUAUCGCGUUUUGAAUUAUAUCGAACCAACACUCAAAGAAAACGUCAAGUGAAACAAACAACCAAGCAAAAACGCACUAAAACUACUUCAUUCUUACACCAAUAAAAAUCUACAGAACCGAACCCCGCACUUACCUGAUACAAAAACACCUAGUGUUCCUACAACUGUUGGUUUUCAAAAUGCUUUCAACGCUCCUAUAAGUAAUUUCGAAUCACUUAUUAUUAGCCCACACACCACACUACUGCACACUACGAGUUUUACUUUUACAUUUUAAGGGUUUCCUAUUUUAUUUUUCUCACUCAAACUCUGUUAAGUCAUAGCUGCUAAGCCGCGAGAGGUGAUGUUAAUUUCAGUGAUUAGGUACCGUUUCUCCUACAGUAGGUUAUUAAAGAAGCAGCACAAUGUUUUUCCGAUGAAAGAAAAUCGAUCGAGAGCCAAGCUCUCGAUUGCGGUUAAUGUUAGAGUGUUAAAUGUAAAAUCCCCACGAGCCUAAACGGAUCAAAUAAUGUUAAAAAAAGGUAAACCAGCCAGCAUCACAAAUCACAACCCUUGGAGGUGAUUCGUAAACCGUAUUGCUGUUAAACUCUUUGCGCAGUUGAUUCCUCCUGCAAGUUAGGUCGUAGGAGAUUUCACUAUAAGUUAUGCAUUAUGCACACCGAGAGAAUAUGAAGAGGGUUCGGGUGACCAGAAUCGGGAUCGCACGUCAAGCGAAACGAUCCGGAUGAUGCUGAUAUAAUGCUACGCAGUGCCAUUUUAGACCUAUAUCAGCAUUAUGUGGUCGAUUCGCUAGGAAACACUGGUCCCUGGACCCCAAAAGAAAGAAAACUACUUUUAGCUAGGAUGUUCUAAUGUAACACAAUCAUAUUCUGUAUAUAUCGAAGACUGAAAAAAUAUGAAACUAGACGAAUGAAUUGUAUUGAAUUGUCCAGAUGAGAAGAGGGAAUGCUCUGUUUUAUUGUUCGAAUCUGUAUAAUUUAUAGGUGUAAAGUAAUUUAUUUACCAGAUUUGCGUUCGGCGUCUGAACCAAUCCAGUGGAACUUAAAGGAACUCUACUCCCUUGAAACCGCGUCGAGCGAUCCUGUUAUUCGGUUGAAUAGGAAACGACACCAAACUCGCGCCAUCAAUCCUCGAUUGGCGACGAACGGUGAUCGAAUGUCCCCGCACUUAUUAAGUUUAGCUUUCACUUCACGGAAAACUCAAUACUUAAUUUGUUUGCUAAUACGAUACCGAAACUAAGUGUAAUCACAUUUAGCAGUUUUACAUAUCACUCUUAGUACCGAUCUUGAUUUUGAACUACCUACAUAUAUAUUGCAAACACCCGAGCAGCACCAUGCUGUUCCAUAAAAAAAAACCACUAGCUAUCUGAAGACUAUAACGUUGCGUUGUUGCAAACAAUGUUAACUAUGUACAGUAAAGAUUUCCUUACACACAAUCCCCAAGUCGAAGCGAAAUGACCACCCUCCCUUCGAGAAUAAACAGUAAAAAAAAUAGAAAACUGUCGCAUUGUUAAAACAUGUACUGGUGAAAAGUGAUAAAACAGAUUAGAGAAGAUGACGACGAUGACGACACGGGAAGAAAAAAUCUGGUCCAAGCUAUGAAUGAAUGCGAAUAAAGUCAUUAUAUUUCGAAAAAUGUGAAAAAUAAA